UACGCUAUGAGCUCAUUUCCGUUAGCUGAAUUCUCUGAGCCAACACCAAACCAGAGAUUGAAGAGAAAUAUCGUCCCUAAUUUACCAGUGUUUGAUGAAAGAGCUUUCCAUUUAAUAAAAGCUCUUUUGUUGUUCUAAAUUUAAGCUGUAUUUUUCACCUAACAUUUCCAGCGAAUGACUCAAAAAAAAUUGUCAUGGAUAUUUACUUUUUCUACAGGGGGGUCGUUGGAGUAAUCUUAUAAUCCACACCUGUGUAAAAAUUAACUGUGGGUACUUGGCUUCUCUUCACUUGGAACAGAUACUCUCGUCCAUCCUACGCACUUAUAAGAACAUAGGGUGGAGCCCUCUAACCUCCAGAAAGUGCAUCUUGUUGUAUGCACUCUUGAGAGACAUUUGACCUAUGUCUUUUUCUUUGCACCUGCGCGGGAUGACAAAGGCUAGCAGAAGCUGGCCCGAGAGGCUUCAGGUUCCCACGGAGGAGGGCCGCCAGAAUGAUCCCUUGACGAACAGAGACCUGAUUCCCUUUGGGAAGGAUAGACGGACGUGGACAGCGUCGGCGUAUGCGAUGUAUUGGGUUAUCGAGGCAUGCUCUAUCACAGGUUAUACCACUGGUUCUUCGCUUGUCGGGUUCGGAUUAAGCGUCAAGCAGUCCGUCCUGUGUUCAUUUGCCGCUGGUAUAAUCUACGGUAUGUUCGCUGCGCUGAUGGGAACAAUCGGUGCUUAUCAUCAUAUCGGAUACCCUGUUCUUGCCCGUAUGGUUUAUGGCAUUUACGGUGCCAAAUUUGGUAUUGUUCUACGGAUCAUUACUGGGAUCAUUUGGUGGGGAGUCCAGGCAUACUAUGGGGCACAGGCCGUUGCUGUGAUGCUCGGUUGCCUCAGUCCGUCCUUUUUAACUUGGGAUACUUUUAACAACAGAAACGACAUCACUUCUGCGAAUUUGGUUGGGCUGGUGGUUUACUGUGUCCUGAUGGUGCCUUGUCUAUUCAUCAAACCUGAAAAUUUGCACUGGUUCUUCAGAACGGUCACUUUCUUCAUUGUCGGUACGUUCUUUGGGAUGCUGGGGUAUUCCGUACAACAUGCUCACGGAGUUGGUGAGUUAUUUAGCCAACCUUCCGGUAACUACCCCAGCGGAUCUCUUGGUUGGGCAUGUGUUCAGGGCAUAUUUUCCGUGCUAGGCAGCGCUGGAACUGGCAUACUGGGACAGUCAGACUUCACACGGUAUUCUACUACAAAAAGAGGUCCUAUAUAUGCACAGAUGAUUGGCGCACCUACGGCUCUGGUAUUUGCCUGCGUCAUGGGAGCAAUAACCACAUCUGCAUCCAAAGAAUUCAUGGGUGAAGUGAUAUGGAAUCCGAUUGCACUGUUAUGUGCCAUCUUGAAGUAUAAUCAUUUCAAUUCCGCCUCACGAGCUGCUGUUUUCUUUGCCUCGGCGUCGUUUGUUGCACAACAGCUUGCGAUCAACCUUUUGUUCAAUUCCUUGUCAUCUGCUAUGGAUAUGGCCGGUCUAUUUCCAAAGUACAUCAACAUUAGAAGAGGCACAUUCAUCGUCAUGGCUAUUGGCGUCCUUAUCUGGCCCUGGAAGAUUCUGACAAGCGCCAAAGCUGUCAUUGUCUUUGGCACUGGAUGGGGUUGCUUUGCCUCUGCACAAACGGGCAACGUCAUUCUGAAAUAUUUUGUCACAUACAAGAGGAAAAUCCUCCUAAAGGACCUCUACAUCGAUAACAAGCAAUCCAUUUACUGGUUUUGGGACGGCAUCGACUGGAGAUCUAUCGCAUCCUUCUUCAUUGGAACCGUUUUCCUCAUUCCGGGCUUGGUGUUUGACUGUGAGGAUAAAACCCGUGGAGGCUGGACCUACAUUUACAGAAUCUCUUACCUCGUAGGCAUCGUGUUCUCAAUGACAAGCUUGUUUCUGCUGGAGAGGAUCUUCCCAAAUAAAACUGUCCAACCAGGUACCAAAGUUGACGAUGUCUACACCCCCGACGGCAGCUUAAUUGAAGAGAUCUGCACCGUGGGUGACUCCACCAGCCUUGAGCUUGUGAGCCUGUCAUUCUCAUCGAAACUAUAGAACUGAAGUGCCACCCUUGUUUACUUUCUAUCAUUCCCCCGUCAUUUAGUGCUUUCCUUUUACAUCACCUUACGUGCCUUUGCUGUGUAGAACUGGGCCAGAUUAUGUACUCUGUUGCAAGCCUGGCAUGACAAAAAUGACUGGGGCAACACAACAUCCAAACACCCCACCACCUGACCCCUGCAACA